AUGUUCAAAGGAGGCGGGCUGGUCAGGGAAUCUUCCCCCUACCUAGGUAGUUUCUCAUCCCUGGGCAAGGGCAUUGCAGACUUUCGCGAUAAGACAGCGGUCCAACCGGCGGAAGAGUUUCUGCCUGAGGUACAACAGAAUCUUGAUCAUUCGGAAAUGGAGGAAAAGCUUCGAUGGAUAGAUGAAAAAGCUUACCGUGCGGUUUGGAAGGCUAUGGACUAUGAGGUUCCAGGUAAUAUCUGGGACUGA